UCAAAUUCUUGUGGUCGGCGGGAGCUUAAGCUGCAUAUGGUCAGACCCUAAAAUUGGGAUUUCUCUUGGACAAAUUGGAAUGUUGAAUUGAAAAUUUGAUGGAGAAAAGAAGGUCCACCUAAUUAAUGGAUGAAAGGGAACUCUCCACUUUCCAAGGGGUCUCUGACUCAGACACCCCAACGCCAUGGCAGAACCCAGAGGGCCCCAAAGCCAAAAAGCCAAGCAGAGGUCCACAAUCCCCACAGAAUCCUCAGCCACCCAAACGUGAGAUAAGACAAGAGAUAUUGAUCCAAUUCAGUCCAGGCAAAGGUACAUCCAAACCCAAUUUUUUUUUUUUUUUUGGUGAAGACAUCCAAACCCAAUUUCAAUACUAAAAAAGAGUAGGGCAAAACUUUGGCUAAGCCCGUAUCAUAUCAAUUUUGUUACCAUCACCCAUCAGUUGUUAGUUGCUACUCUGCUAUAUUACUGCCGGAAUAUUUGGUUCUCUGGCCGUUGUUCUUCUCUCCUUGUAGUCUCAGACUCACUUCAUCCUUUCUUCCUUCGACGGCCGCGAGACGACAAGUCAGGCUGCUGCUGCUGCUUGGUGCAGCUGUUUAUGAGAGAAUCCCCACUUCCCAGAUGCCAGGAACAAUUCAAGUUUCCGUUUUGGACGUGGACCUUCCAACUUCAUACUCAUCCUCUCUUUCUUUGUCAAUAUCUGUGAAGGUUUCCAUGGGCAAGAGGGAAUAUCAAACAAUGGGCAAGGGAGACUUCUCUUUCCCAUUAACGACUUUACGAGACAAAUUGGUUUUGACUCUCUUGGAUGGCGAUGGGAAUGAGCUAUCACGGACAGUUGUAGAGACGAUGUCCAUUGUUGAAAAGGGAAUCUGGGAUGAUCUCUUUCCACUUGAAGGAGGAGGGCAUCUGCACAUGAAGCUGCAAUUCAUCCUCAGUGAUGAAGAGCGCAAGCGGGUUCGAGAAAUGAGGGAAUCUGCAAUGAAGAAGAAACAUGAGGAGCUCAGCGGUAGUCAUAGACAGUUGGAAACUCCUGCUGCUUGUGAUGCUACUGUGGGUGUUAAUGUUGCUUCAUCGUCAUCAUCAUCAUCCCUCAAACAUGAGGUUGCAGAAAAUCCUGCUCAAGACAAAGCUAUAAACAUUGGAAUGCGAUACAUUCAAGGUGUUUCAAUAUCAAAUCCAGUUAGUCACAGCAACAAUCGACGGUUUUAUCCUGUAAACAAAGUCGGAACCCCACUUGAUCAAGUCGAGAAAACAGCCCCAGAUGGCAGUGAAGCAAAUCCAUUGGAGGCUCCUCUGUCACAAGAGCUUAAUGUCCUUGAUCCAAGCAAAGGUUAUCGCAUGAAUUUGGUUGGAAAGAUUGAGAUUCAUUUACCUCCUGCAGAUGUUCCUGUGAGGCCAAUUGCUUCACUAGAAGUGAUAGAUUCUCAGUUAGGUUUCUCAGAAUCAUCUGUUACCAAAACUAAGUAUGUAGCUCCUGCUAUAGUGAGAAAGGUUCAAACUCAUACACCUAAGGAGAUAGCAUUGGAGAGAAGUCCUAGCAGUGUAAGGAAUCUGAUAAGUGCCUUUGAAAGUAGUGUAGCUCAGGAAGUGGGAGCUGAUGCUAAUGCACCAACAACAACAUCCCAAUCAAUAAAGACUGGCCUAAAAUAUCCUUUGAAAGGUCCUUUUGAGAAAGAAACUGUUAGAAAGGAAACUAAGUCAAUGGAACAGAUAUCAUCUAAGCAUUUGAAUUCUUUAUCUAGAGCAAGAUUCUGGGAAGUGAGGCAACAAAGUCCAAAUCAUAUGACAAAACAUGGGGAACAAAAUGGAUUGGAUGCACAGACUGCAAAUGAACCAUUUGGGACGCUCUUACCACAGAGCCCUGGGCAGUUAGUGGUGCUGAGUUCAAAUAACACCCCAACUGACCAAACAAUGUCAAGUGGAAUAACUAUGUUCAGAGGAGUGGGUAAAUUAGAAUAUAGAUGUGAAGAGAGCGAGUCUCCAGAAGACUUCUGUGGACCAUCUAUAACAGAAAUUGCUACAGUUUCAGGAAGGAUGCUUGAUGGGCCUUUGGCUACGGAAGAACCUUGUGCUUUGUGCACAGACCAACAAGAUUUUGCUCCUGGUUUUGUGUUGGAGGACAAUGGAUGCAGAAAUUGCAGAGAAAAUUCAGACAAGAAAAAUAUCUUUGAAGAUUCAAAUAUAUGGAACAAAUCAGUAGCACAUACUGAAGUUGAAAGCUGUCCCCUAGAAAGCCCAGGAAGUUGGAUAUUACCAGAUGGGUCUAGACGUUUGUGUAUAACAGGGAGUGAACAAGUGAUGGAACUCAUGGGAAGCUGGGGUGUAUGCAGAGAAACCCAUCAAAGGGACAUGAAUCUGUUUAAGAUGGAUGGAUUUGAUGAGCAUGGCAUCCAUGAUGAUACUGAUAUUUGGGUAAAUAAAGAUGAUGUGACUUCUCAAUGUUCAAGAAAACCGAAUCCUGAAGGUUCUGGGGAUGUUACAAUGCCGGGGGGACUGCUUGGACAGGUAGUAAAGAUUGCAAUAAUGGUGGCGUUUGGGACACUGGUCCUGGUUACCAGACAAAGGAAAAGCAGAUGAUGUGGGUGAUUAGAGGUCUGUCAUCUUGAGGAGAGCAAUGAUGGGGUUCCCUAUUCAAGGUUGUUUUUUCCACCACUCCCCCCCCCCCCCCCCCAAUUUUUUUUUUUUUAGGAAGCUUGUCCCCAUGCAGUUGGAUCUUCAUGACCACUUAGAGCUGGUUUUUCAGAUCUGUGUACUGGUAUGAAAUUUUUUAUCCCUGUUAUUUUGGGGAUUAUUGGUUCUAAUGUAAAAUUUUCUUAGCUGGUUAUUGGAGAUUUGUGGGUUCCAGUGUAAACUUUCUUAGCUAGUUUCAAUAACAAUUUUGAGAUAGUGGCAACUAAUACAAUAUCAAAGGUUCAGGACUCCAA